AUGGUAAUCGGAUCGUUGCACACCCAGAGGGUCAUAGCAGCUGUUGCUGCAACUCUAAUAUCGCUCGCAAGUGGGACAAAUUAUGCUUACUCGGCAUGGGCACCCCAAUUCGCCGAGCGGAUGGUGCUGUCCUCGAAGCAGAUUAAUAUGAUUGGCAUGGCGGGAAACAUUGGGUUAUAUUGCUCGGGUUUCUUUACAGGAUAUCUGACUGACACCAGAGGUCCUGGGCCUGCUUUGUUACUGGGUGCUUUGGCGCUCUUUUGGGGAUAUUACCCUCUAUACCUUGCAUACAAGCAUGGACAAGGCUUCCUAUCAUUUAGUUCGUUAUGUUUCUUUUCGUGGGUGACGGGCUUAGGAGGAUCGGCUGCCAACUCUGCGGCUAUCAAGGCGGGKAUGUACUAUAUUAUCUAUCUCGUAAUAUCGGAUUCUGAUGGCCCUCUAGCGGCGAGCAACUUCCCCGAGAAAAGCGGCACAGCUACAGCUUUCCCGCUUGCCGCAUUCGGACUGAGUGCCUUCUUCUUUUCGAGCAUGGCUGCAAUCUUCUACCACGGCCAAGUUCAACCAUUUCUUCUGAUGUUGGCCGUGGGAACGUCGCUGAUGGUGGUGGUUUUUGGAGUCUUUCUUCGAAUUCUACCUCCUGACCAGUCCUAUACCGCUGUACCAGAACGUGAUGACGAUGCGCGUCAUCACUUCACAUAUGAUCGACCUGCAGAAACAGCCGACGCUGCGCAGUCAAAUUCCAGUGGUGCAGUCAAGCCAGCGCUUGAAGAAACAAGAGAUGCCGAAGUCUCGUCUCUGCUUUCCAAGCCAGAGUCCCUACAAGAUUCCCCGAACAUUGACGAAUAUGGCAUACGGUCGCAUCGAAGUGGUGAAGAUGACGAAGACGGCUCACACUAUUCAGAUAUCCGAGGAUUGGCUCUGUUCAGCAAACGCGAGUUUUGGCAGCAAUUCACUUUGAUGGCGCUGUUGUCGGGUAUUGGAUUGAUGACAAUCAACAAUAUUGGCAAUGAUACCAAAGCGCUAUGGAGGUACUACGACGAUAGUGCAGACUCCAAUUUCAUCCAGCACCGUCAAGUGAUGCACGUCUCGAUCCUGUCGUUUUGCAGCUUCCUCGGCAGAUUACUGAGUGGUGUUGGCUCCGACUUUCUGGUUCAUAAACUCUACAUGUCUCGAUUCUGGUGUAUCUUCCUAUCCUCAGUCGUCUUCACCCUGACCCAAAUCGCCGGCACAUCUAUCAACAACCCAAACCACCUCUACCUACUUUCAUCAUUUACAGGUCUAGCCUACGGCUUCCUUUUCGGCGUCUUCCCGUCCGUAGUAGCGCACACAUUCGGCAUUCCCGGCCUGAGCCAGAACUGGGGCGUAAUUAGCCUUGCGCCUGUACUCAGCGGAAACGUGUUUAAUUUGCUUUAUGGCACGAUUUUCGAUCACCACAGUAUCGUCGGGCCGCAGGGGCAGCGAGAUUGUACUGAGGGACUACAGUGUUAUCAGGCUGCGUAUUGGCUGACGUUUUUCAGUGGUCUCGGUGGCAUGGUGGUCUCGCUGUAUUGUAUCUGGCAAGAGAGACAGAUUCAUGGCCCGCGAGGUCGCAAAGGAGAUAGUCAUGAUAGACUGGCUUGA